UUGCAAUCAUCUGAAGUGGUAAGAAACCAAAGCAAGACAGACCACUGAAAGAAAGAAGAAAAAGAUUUCAAGAAAUGAAUCAAAACAUGGACAUGGUAAUGGUUAAGAAUGAAGAAAACCAUGGAAGGCGACGCAUCUGCAUGGUAGAAGGUGCAUCUCAAGCAACUCAUCAUGUCAAAAGAAGGAGAAGGGAUCCAUCUGCAGUUGCACCUGUGGGUGAUGAAACUCAGAGUCAGCAGCUGCAACAGCAACAAACUGAUCAAGCUUCUGCUACUACUGCUGUGAAAAGAAGUUCGAGAUUUCGCGGCGUUAGCAGACAUAGAUGGACAGGUAGAUUUGAAGCUCACCUGUGGGAUAAGCUUUCUUGGAAUGUAACACAGAGGAAGAAAGGAAAACAAGUUUACCUUGGAGCUUAUGAUGAAGAAGAAUCUGCAGCUAGAGCAUAUGAUUUAGCUGCAUUGAAGUAUUGGGGAACAUCAACUUUUACUAAUUUUCCGAUAUCAGAUUACGAGAAAGAGAUUGAGAUAAUGCAAUCGGUAACGAAAGAGGAAUAUUUGGCCUCUUUGAGAAGAAAGAGCAGUGGCUUUUCAAGAGGAGUAUCCAAGUAUAGAGGAGUUGCAAGGCAUCACCACAAUGGGAGAUGGGAAGCAAGAAUAGGAAGAGUUUUUGGAAACAAAUACCUUUACCUUGGAACCUACAGCACACAAGAGGAGGCUGCUCGCGCCUACGACAUAGCUGCAAUCGAGUAUAGAGGGAUUAAUGCAGUGACUAACUUUGACUUGAGCACAUACAUCAGAUGGCUAAAGCCAGGAGUAGCUGCUCAAGUAGCAGCAAAUGAAGCAGAAACAGUUAUAGAUCCUCAGAUGUUGCCAUCAACUGAUAAAAGCUACAUUACAAGAGAAGAAUCUAAACCUUCAUUCCUCAACACAACUCAGUUCAGUUCAGAUUACCUGAACUCACCUCUAAAACAAGAAGUUUUCCAAAGCAACAAGGCUUCAUCACCCACUGCCCUCAGCCUCCUCCUUCGAUCUUCGAUAUUUAGGGAACUAGUUGAGAAGAAUUCCAAUGUCUCUGAGUAUGAAAAUGAUGGAGAAGAGACGAAGAACCAACCGCAGAUGGGCAGCGAAGAUGAGUUUGCUGGGCUAUUUUAUGAUGGAAUUGGCGACAUCCCAUUUGCAUAUUCCAACAAAGAAAGCUUAAAUCUGCAAGAAAAAGAUCUUCACUUCGUAUUUUAAUCAGAAAGAAAGUGAACAUUAUACAAGCAAUCUGUAAAUUCCUCCAUUUUGCCAAAUGCAGGUGCUUAAAAAUCUGCAGUUCUUUCUGUUUUGUGGAUUACAGCUUCCUUUGUUAAUAUGCAAGACUUAGUUUCUGUUUCUCGUCUCUUUGGCUUUGUUCACAUCUGUAAACAAGGUUUUGGCUCAUGAAGAAAUAACUUUUUUGCUUGUCCUUAGGGAAAUUGGAUGAUAGAAUGUCUUACAAGAACAUCCACAGUUCAGCCCCCAACCCCUCUUUUUGAUCAAAACUUCUCUAUAAUUGAUUCCAUGAUCCAACGGUGUAUGGUUUACUUCAUGCAGUAUUAGAAGAAGAAUCAACUUAAACAUUAUAGCGAUUAUAGAAUUUGGAAGUUUAAAAUUACAUUGUUUAGGAAUUCUAUUAUUA